AUGGCGGGGACGGGAGGCGGGGCGGAGGGCGGAACCUUCGUCGUCGCCCCCUGCUGGUGGCGCGGCCCCGCUGUCCCGGCCCCCGGGCCCCCGGUGUCGGGCUCGGUGCUGCUGUUCCCGGGCCAGGGCAGCCAGGCGGUGGGCAUGGGGCGGGGGCUGCUGGGCCUGCCCGCCGCCCGGGCGCUGUACCGCGCCGCCGCCGCCGUGCUGGGCUACGACCUGCUCGACCUGUGCCUGCGGGGGCCCCCGGCCCAGCUGGCCCGCACCGUCCACUGCCAGCCCGCCGUCUUCGUCGCCUCGCUCGCCGCCGUGGAGAAGCUGCGCCACCGGCGGCCCGAGGCGAUUGAGAACUGCGUGGCGGCGGCCGGGUUCAGCGUGGGAGAAUUCGCAGCCCUCGUCUUCGCCGGAGCCAUGGAGUUUGCGGAAGGGUUGCACGCCGUGAAAGUCCGUGCCGAAGCCAUGCAGGCAGCCUCCCAGGCGGCGCCCAGCGGCAUGCUGUCCGUCCUGGGCCGACACCAGACCAAGUACCACCUGGCCUGCGCAGAAGCCCGGGAGCACUGCCUGGCCCUGGGCAUCCAAGACCCCGUGUGCCAGGUGGCCAACUUCUUGUUUCCCGACUGCAGGGUCAUCGCCGGUCACCUGGAGGCCCUGCAGUUUCUCCAGAAGAACGCUUCCAGGUUCCACUUCAGGAGGACCAAGCCGCUGCCUGUCAGCGGCGCCUUCCACACGCGCCUCAUGGAGCCGGCCCAGGAGCCCCUGGCCCAAGUCUUGGCCAAAACGGAGAUCCGGAAGCCACUGGUUGCGGUCCACUCGAAUGUGGACGGCCACAAGUACCAUCAGCCGAAGCACGUGCGGCAGCUGCUGGUCAAGCAGGUGGUCACGCCCGUGAAGUGGGAACAGACGAUGCACGCCAUCUACGAGCGCAGGAAAGGGACGGACUUCCCACAGACCUUCGAGGUGGGGCCCGGGCAGCAGCUGGGGAGCAUCCUGAGAAGCUGCAACCUGCAGGCCUGGAAGAGCUACAGCCGCGUGGACGUCAUGGAAGAUGGAGAAGCUGAGGACGGGGCGGAGCACGGGGAGGGGGGCUCCCCGUAGGAGGCUGAGAGGGAAAGCAGGGCGGUGGCGUGGGGUGGCCGCGGCCCAGGUCGAGGACUGGGUUCCCACUUGGUCCAACUGGCCUUCUGGAAGCCCAUAACGGCCCGGUUCCCACCGCCCUUGCUGGGAAGCAGCAGUGGAUCCGAGGCCUGCUCUGCCUCACUGUAUAAAAGAUAUAUUUUCUACCGGU